AUGGGGCCUAAAUGUUCUAAGCUCUCACUAAUCACCACCAUUUUUGUGGUAUUAGUGUCACUGAUGAUUUGUUUCCCCUCUCAUGCCAUUGCCGGCGACGAUCACGAUGAUCACGACGAUCAUUACAAAACGCCAGAAAAAUAUUCUCCAUACGUAUAUAAGACGCCCCCACCUCCACCGCCUUAUGAAAAACCAUAUGUUUACAAGUCACCUCCACCACCUAAGAAACACGACGAUGAUCAUGAUCACGAUCACGACGACGAUCAUGAUGAUGACGAUGAUCACGAUCUUCAUGAUGAUGACAAAGAUGGUAAGUAUUAUCCGCCGAGAAAAUAUUUAUCGCCGCCGCCACCUCCUAAAAAGCAGUACGUCUAUAAGUCUCCGCCGCCCCCUCCUAAGAAGCACGACGACGAUCAUGAUCACGAUGACGAUCAUGAUGAUGAUGAUGAUGAUCACGGUCGUGACGAUGACAAAGAUGGUAAAUAUUAUCCACCAAAAAAAAUCUCAUCGCCGCCACCUCCUAAAAAGCAGUACGUCUAUAAGUCUCCGCCGCCCCCUCCUAAGAAGCACGAUGAUGAUCAUGAUCACGAUGACGAUCAUGAUGAUGAUGAUCAUCACGAUCGUGACGAUGACAAAGAUGGUAAAUAUUAUCCACCAAAAAAAUUCUCGUCCCCGCCACCACCACCUAAAAAGAAGUACGAGUACAAAUCUCCUCCACCACCUCCUCCAGUUCACUACAAGUAUCCUCCUCCGCACUACGGUCACGAUGACUAA